UAAAAUGUAUUGCUUGAACAGAUAUUUUAAAUAGUUGGAACAGCAACCGAAAUGGAACACCUACAAUCUGAGUCCGUUGGAAAUGUUGUUAUUGGUAAUAACCUUAAGAGUUAAUUUAACAUAUCACAAAAUUUUAUUGGAUUAUCCAGAUAGAUAUCGUACACUUCAGCCACCUAUAGCCGCUGUAAAACAACUUUACAUUAUAGCAACACGUCAUAGGUAGUUAGGUUCACUAAAUUUUUGCCAGCGUACGUUCUCAUCAGUUCGAGGGGCAUUCGCUAGAUGGCGCUAUAAUCAAAGCUUUCAACACGUGCACAUUGCGUGACUGUUUUGGUUCCAUAUGCCAUAUCGUUUUAUCAUUGGCAGAUGAUUACAAACAGUGUUACUGUUACAGUGUUCUCAUAACUGUCGUAGCGGGAUCUUGGUACUGAGCACCAUGGCCCCCGGCACGCCCAACCCCGCCAAGAUGCUGCUGCGCAACGAAAUCUCCUCGCGCAUCGCAGCACUGUCUACUGAAGAGAAGAAAAGACAAUCCAGGGUGGUCUACGAAAAGGUUAUCAACCACCCCUGGUACAAGUCGUCGAAACGGAUCGCGCUGUAUAUGAGCACAGACCAGGAGGUGGACACCUCGCCGCUGCUGCUGCACGUUAAGGCCAAGGGGGCGGCCUUCGUACCCCAGUACGCUGGAGGGCACAUGAAGAUGCUGCGAGUGGAGGCAGGAGACGAAGCCAGCAUGGACGUCACCAAGCACGGGAUUGCUCAGCAUAAGAAGGAUGCCACCAGAGACGACGCUUUGGAGUCAGGUGGGUUGGAUCUCAUCAUCGCUCCAGGGUUGGCGUUCAGCAGAUCAGGCAGCCGUCUUGGCCACGGAGGCGGUUAUUAUGAUCGCUAUCUUGCUAGGGUUAGAAGCAACCCUGAGACCGCUCCCAAGGUUGUGGCUUUGGCUUUUAAUUGCCAAGUGGUAGACGAUGUCCCCGUCGAUGAGAACGACCAGAAAGUAGACGAAGUCAUUGCAGCUGAUUAAAAUGCUUAUAAUAGACAUAAUUUACAAUACUCCAUAGGGUGCGUGCAUGAACUGUAGACGGCAGAACAGAAGCCACAUUCAUUGGUGCGAAGCAUUAUGUCAUGUUUCCCUUUUUAGACUUUAGCCACUAGAUGGCAGACCCUAUUAUGCGAAAUACAACCAGCGUUUAGUGAAGAGGGCAGCACUUGCUUAUAACCGUGAAUUGUUUUCUCUUUCGAUUCAGGUCACGAGGUGGCAGACCCUCCAACACGCACGGUGUCUAUAUAGACAUAAGUGUCAUUACCCAUGUACCAACAUAAUGCCUACAUAUUAUGGAUGAGUAAUGUGAGCAUCCACCAGAAUAUACCCGAUCUGAUGUCAACAUAAACCUUUAAAUGGCCGUUCGUCAUAUCUAAAAAUAUCGCGCUCACGCUAACAUGACUGUUAUAAACCAUCAAAACCUCUACUCUGUCAAAAAACUUAUAACAUUUGGCGCUAUGACCGCUAUGUGCACGACAAUCAUUGACAUAUAUCUAAGGACGGCCCUUACAGGCAAUAAGAAUGGGGUAUGUACAGCGGUGUCACGCACAGGAACUCGAGCCAAUCGUGCAGUCUAACGUCACCGCGAUUGGUUGAUGAGUUCGCAUCACGCGCGCGAUUGGUUGAUGAGUUCGCAUCACGCGCGCGAUUGAUCGCAACUAGUUGCGUGACUGCACGAUUGGCUCGAAUUCGUGAAUAACACCACUGAACUAGCACUAUUCUUAGUGCCCGUAAGGCACGUACUUAGAUAUAUGUCCAUGACGACAAUAGUCACGACCUAACGACAGCGCCCUAGUAGAUUUUUGAUGUUCAAACAGUUAUUCAAAGACAGUUCUUUGAAACUCAUUAGUAUGAAUACCUGAAUAGAACAUGGAUAUUACUGUAUAUGUACUAAUGAUUUUAUUUUUGUGAGAAUUUGACCUUAUUUAAAAAAUUAGGUAUGCUGGUCUCUUUUUACUUUUAUCAUUUUUCCCACCAAAUGUAUAAAUGUGUCUAAAAUAUUGUUUUAACAGUCAUAGAAUCGUUAAGCAUUUAUAUUUUUAUAUUCCUAUCAUUAAAUUAAGGACAAUAAAAUAUUGAUACGAA